GGAAGGAUGAGGUCCACCCUGACGCCUUUGGGGCCCCCUGUGAGCCGGGACCGCAUCAUCGCCAGUUUCCCUAAGUGGUACACACCUGCUGCCUGCCUGCAGCUCAAGGAGCACUUCCACGGCCAGGUCAGCACUGCCUGCCAGCGCAGGAACACGGGGACUGUUGGGCUCAAACUCUCCAAGGUGGUUGUCCUCGGCGAUCUGUAUGUGGGCAAGACCAGCCUCAUUCACAGGUUUUGCAAGAAUGUUUUUGACCGUGACUACAAGGCCACCAUCGGGGUAGACUUUGAAAUUGAGCGCUUUGAGAUAGCUGGGAUUCCCUACAGCCUCCAGAUCUGGGAUACAGCAGGACAGGAGAAGUUCAAGUGCAUCGCAUCCGCCUACUACCGAGGUGCCCAAGUGAUCAUCACCGCCUUUGACCUCUCUGACGUGCAGACUCUGGAGCACACCAGGCAAUGGCUGGAGGAUGCACUGAGAGAGAAUGAGUCAGGCUCCUGCUUCGUGUUCCUUGUAGGAACCAAGAAGGACCUUCUGUCAGGGGCGGCGUGUGAGCAAGUGGAAGCGGAGGCUGUGCGCCUGGCCAACCAGUUGCAGGCGGAGUACUGGUCAGUGUCAGCCAAGACGGGGGAGAAUGUGAAGGCGUUCUUCAGCCGUGUAGCUGCCCUGGCGUUUGAGCAGUCGGUGCUUCAGGACCUGGAGAGGAGAAGCAGUGCCCGGCUCCAGGUCGGCGAUGGAGACCUCAUCCGGAUGGACAACAGUCUACCUAAGGCCCAGGAGAGCAAGAGGCCUACCAGCCUGGGUUGCUGUUAGCUGGAGUCUGCAUCAGAGUCCUCCAUUCCUUUCACAUGCACAGAUAGUGGUUCCUGUGACUGGAGAGGAGACAUGGAGGCUGAGCUCUAUGACUUGUCUGCCUGGAAAGACCCUCAGGACUGCCCAGCUGAGGGUGUGGGCACUGGUAAUCGUCUGGAAAGCCACUCAUACCUACAGAGACACCAGGCAGUACCCCUUCACUUUGAGAGAUCUCAGGACUGCAGACAUGGGACAUUGCACCACACGGCCUACAUCCCUUCCCCUCAGCAUACAUCAGAAGUCCACCUUGGCACACUUUUCCGGCUUCCUGGACUGGCCUCAGAAUCCUCAUCUCAGUGGUCCAGGCGAGCAGGACUUAUCAAAGUUGGUUCAUGAGGGAAACCCACCUGCCAUCCCUGCUUGAAAUUUUUCUGUUGCUGACAGGACAUGUAGUUCUGGGCCUCAGAGCCCUGGUCCUCACACUUACCCUCCCUCUUCCACAGACUUGCAGCCUCUGGGAGCCCUCUCCAGAGGAGGACUGAUAAGUUCUCUCAGGCACUUCUGGCCAAUGGACUGUCUCUGACUCCUCCUCGAUUCCUGGGAUUCUACCCUCCUGUCCAGGGGGUGAGGACAGGCAGAAUGGGCCCCCCGAGCAGCCCCCAAGCUGCUUUUGCUCCCCUAGAUAAUGCAUUCCCUCAUCUGCCCUAAGAAAGAAGACUGCCCAGUGACCCCUGGGGGAUCUCUCUACAUCCCUUAAGCAUGCCACUGUCCUGCUCUGCCACCUGCAGUAACCACCCAGACUCUGCUAAGCUGGUGCUCACUGUUGCCCCCAGCAACCUUCUCCUGCCAGCCUGGGCAGGAAGAGCCUGGAAAUGAGAAAGCACUGGGCACGUGCCUCUCAGGGACCUUUGUGAUGGUGGCCACACAUCUUCGGGGGACAUUGGAAGCCCUCCACAGUCAAGCAUGCACCCUAUCUUCACCUCCCCUGCACCCCCAGAGCAGGGAUGACUGUCCCUCACCUCCCCUGUGCAGUUCUGCCCAGCAUGGCCUGCCCUCCAUGCCAUCACAUUGCCCCUCCCCACGCAUCCCUGCAUAACUUUGUGCCAUCAGCAAGUAGGCAUAUUUGCUUCUCGUAGAUGGUAAGUGUUGUGGACAGCUAUUCUAGUCAGCACCAUCUCCCAGUUCCCUGGACAGGGCCUGGCACAGCAGAGGAGCCUCACGAAUGUUCUUAGCUUUGAGAGAUUGCCAAAUAUCUGUUGGGGAAGAACACUGGCAUCUUUCUCUGUUCACUCCCCCUUCACCAUAUUUUUAGCUCUUCUUUUUUUAAUAGAUAUAAAAUGCAUUUUUAUAUAAAUCACUCUUGAAAGAAUUAUGUGCUUAUUGUGAAACAAAACAAAGCAAAACAAGAUGGUGCGAAGCUUUGUGUCUAAUCCAAAGUGGAAGUCCCCCUCUAGCCGGUGGCCCUCUCCAGAAGUAAGCCCUAACAGCUGGCAGGAUUCCUUCAGACUGUUCCUGUGUGAGCACAACCACAUUGUUGGCUGGUUUGUUGUUUAACCAGAAUGACCUCUUACCACACACGCUGCUUAGCAGCCUGUGUUCUUGGUGCCCUGCUGGAGCCCUCACUGCCAAGGCAUGCCCAGCCUGCUGGCUCCUUUAGCAGCUGCCAGUUUUCCUUCAUGCGGAUGGACCCAAGUCCAUUUUAACCUGCCCUGUACUUGGGACACUUGGUUUGAGUCUGGCUUGUAGCUUUUACUGAAGGUGCCGAGUAAUCAUCCCUGUAGUUAGGGCUUUGUACACUCAGGAUUCCCCAAAGAGGCCUCACUGAACCCUCUAUGAACUGUGGCCCCACCUUGGCCACUAGAUGCAGUUCUGGGAGCAGGCAGGAUCGGGGUACCAUAGGACCAGUAGAAACCUGUCCAGGGAGUCUGGAGUACCCCACAGCUCCCUCCCCUUACCUCUUCAUCCCCCAGGCUUGGGUGGGGGAAGUAAUGAUGUCCUACCUUUACCGUUGAUAACUCCUGAGCACUAAUAGCACCACAGUCCCAUGUGUGCCCACUGUGCUAUCAUGGUCCUUUAUUCAACCCUCCACACAUUGUUAAUCUUUGUGCUCAAUUGUUUUCCACCACGGAUUCCAUCAGAUUAUUUCUGGUGGUUCACUAAUAACUAGUA